AUGGAGGUUCGUUUUUGAAUCUCAUUGACAAAACAAUAGAAACAUCAAUCAAAUUUUUGUGUUGAGAAAGAUCUUUUCCGAAUUUAAAUUGGAUUUGGUACAUUUUUUAAUUUUCUUAUUUUUUAGAGACAACCGUCACAAAACGCAGGGGUCCCAUCAAAUCGACAAUCGUCACUGUCUGAUGUGAGUUUGAGAAUAGGUGAAAGUUAUGAAAAAAAACCAUGUAGAAUUUUCAGGCUUCCGAACAAGAAGAUCUUCCGUUUGGACAGAACAUUCAAAGAGAUCAACAACUUCUCACGGAACGGGCCAAUCAAGUUAGUUUAUUUUCAGGUUGGGGGGGGAACAAAACUAACAGGUGAGAUUUGAGCUUCAUUGGAAAAUAUUGGGUAAGGUUUUGGUUCAUAAAUUACUAUGUUUAAAUCAUUGAAGGAAACUUUGAUUUCACUUGAAAGUAUAGAAUUUUCUCAUUCAAAAAAAUAUGUUUUCCUGUAGAUCAGUUUCCAGAUCUUAUUGAAGUAUUUGAACAACAAACCGUGAAAUAUUUCAUAGGUAGAUUAAUUUUUUCAUAGUUUUGUGCACGCGAUUGCCAAAUUUCCAGUCUUGAACUUAUUUUUUUCUUUCAUAAUCUAUGUCAAAUUGAACUUCAGAAUUUCUAGGUUUAUCAAAUUCAGUUUCACAAAUCUUGUUGAUUUCAAAGAAUCCACGUUUCCAAAGAUCCGAAUUUAAUAAACCCAAACUGCAAAACUAAUAUAAGUAUACAUAUCUCGUUUUUUUUUCUAAGAAACCACUAAUCCUGAAAACUACAAAUAAAAAUGCCAAAAAUGUAUUUUUUAACAGAUUCAAAAAAAUUUGAAGAACGUUGAAGUUGUUCUUAGAAGAAUGUAUCAAAGAAAUAACGCUGAGUUGGAAGAAUUCAGAAACUUGAUUGCGGAAUUCGAAAGAAUUCAUCAUGUUCCCCCACAACUUGAAUGA